AUGGCCAAAGGUAUGAGUUAUUACACUGGCAAUGUAUGCGGUAAAGUGUGCCAAUCAAAUGAUAACAUCAAAAGGCAAGAAGACAUCCACUUGGACAACAAGUCUUACAGUUGCGGAGUUUGUUACAAGACUUUCAUUAUUAAGAACCACUUACCACUGCACGAGUGUAUUUAUAAACGUGAUAGGCCCAACUACUGCAAACUGUGCUCGACCAGUUUUACUAAAAAAUCGGAUCUUACGAGACACGAGCUUAUCCAUACAGGUGAUAAGUUCUACGACUGCAAAUUGUGUUUAAAAAGAUUUCCUGAUAAAUCCAGUUUCGUAGUCCACGAGCGAGUUCAUACGGGUGAGAAGCCCUACAGCUGCAAACUGUGUCCAAAAAGGUUCUCUCAGAAGUCAAAUCUCAAUUCCCACGAGCAAAUUCAUACAGAUGAUAGACCUUACGAGUGCACCUUGUGUUUGACGAGUUUUUCUAAAAAAUCGCAUUUAUUGAGACACAAUCGCAUUCAUACAGGUGAUAAGCCCUACAGCUGCACCGUAUGUUCAAAAAGAUUCACUGAUAAAUCUAAUCUCACCGUGCACGAGCGAACCCACACUAGUGAUAAGCCCUACAGCUGCAAGCAAUGUUCAAAAAGUUUUAGUCGAAAAUUCAGUCUCAAAGUGCACGAGCAGACUCAUUCGGGUGAUAGGCCCUAUAGCUGCAAACACUGUUCAAAAAGUUUUGCUCGGAAAUCGUAUCUUCCUAUACACGAGCGGACUCAUACAGGUGAUAGGCCCUAUACAUGCGAAAUGUGUUUGACCAGUUUUGCUACGAAAUCAGAUCUUACGAGGCACGAGCAGACUCACUUUGGUAAUAAGCCCUACAGCUGUGAACAGUGUUUAAAACGUUUUGCUCAAAAAUUAGAUUUAAUGAGGCACGAGAGGAUCCAUACAGGUGAUAAGCUCUACAGCUGCACCAUAUGUUCAAAAAGUUUUGUUCAAAAAUCGCAUCUUACUACGCACGAACGGACUCACACUGCAAACGUCAGGCAACCAGUAGCCAUAAAAGCAACGCAUGGAUGGACAAGCAAAUAUGCAUGGUGCGUUCUUCGCGUCAGAGUUCACAAGAGAGGCAUGAUAUGUGCUGGUAUUCUUCAACAAAAACGAGAAGAGGUCAGCGGGAUACCCGUGACGACGGGGCUACCGGUUGUCUCAGCCUAA